AGAUGCCGCAGUUCGUCCAGUCAGAAAGCUGAGUGGCCGCAACUGCCGUCGUCACCUCAGCGCACGCCAGCACCACAAGCCCCCAGCAACCCGUCGAAUCCGUCUGCAAGCGCCGUAUACCAACAACGAGAACUAGAAUACAUGCCGACGACCCCAGACAACCCGCGCGCACUCAGAACCCCACGGGCGCCCCGCCCAAGCCUCCCAUGACGCCGCCGCAAGAUGCCACGCCCAAAGCCCCCGACUUCCCGCAAAAUGUAGAAGCUUCAGCUGGUCACCAUAAGCAUCGCGCGUCGCCUGCGUCCUCUCUGUCGUCGCUGCCGUACCGCCAAUCGAAUCCGAGUCUUUCCAAGCUAUUCGAGUCGACCACCAGCAUCUCCACGACCGGCUCGCGCCCUAGCUCAGGCACUGCGACGCCCACAGCAACCACGGUACCUGGCUCCGUCUUCUCGCCCGGGUCGCGGUCGAGUGGCAAUAGAACGCCUAACAGCCUCCCGCCCGGCGUGUCAGAUGAAUACCGGACCCUCAUACAGCGCGCGUUUGUGCCACAUGUUGCCGUAUUGGCGGAUGCCGAGACAGAAGCUCUGGUCAGGGGCAAAGGGCUGGAUGGAGGAUUCUUGGAGCUCUUGAGGCCGUUCGGCGAGCAGGUACCGGGCAAAGUCACCAUACGAGAUAGUAUCGGCGCAAGCAAGAGCCAUGAUGAUUUUGGCGUACGCUUCGUCGGCGUUGAGGAUGCGUAUCCAGACCUACGGGGCGGCCAAAGGGCAUCUACAGAGUCCACACGACGGCCAAGACGGACAGGUGGAGAUGUGCCACAGAUAGAAGAAGUUGUCGACCGACACCUGCAAUACUCCGAAUUCAACCACCAGGACCCAAAUGCAGACUACAUGAAUAGAGGAGAGCGAAUCGCGCCUGUUGAGGGCGCUGGAUCACCUUUCUAUACCCUAUACCUACGACGUCUGCUUUCGGGACUUCCUAUCGUACCACACGAGACAUUUGCCCACCCUGUAGCUGGCAUAAUUGCGAUCAGCUCGUCAAACCCACAUCCGAUAGAGGAGCUUCGAAGAUUAUACAACAGGCAGCAUGACGGAGACCUGCGCUUCCCGCAGUGGGUCGAGAACGAUUUCUUACGAUACUAUGUCUUGGUCCACGAUGAGGAGAACGGAGAUAUUGCAAAGUCGAAUCAAACGUUCGAUUCGAUGAAACGACAUUUCGGUCUACAUUGUCACCUUCUCCGUUUGAAGAGCCAGGAAUGUAUACCCUCAGAUGAUGACAGCGUGCGAUUACCAACUUGCGAGUGGAUGUCUGCAGGCGAAGAGCUGGCGGAAAUCCAAAAGCGAGAAACAACAGACGACAUCACCGACCCAACGCCCUAUUUUCCCGACUCCGACAUCAGCAGCCUACGGACCUUCAUUCGUGAGCUCGUCACCCAGUCCAUAAUACCCAACAUGGAGCGCAGUACUGCCACCUGGAAUGAGCAGAUUCUGUCACGUCGCCGCGGUCUCUCAGGUCGCUUCAUGUCCCUUUCCAAGCGAUGGGCACCUUUCGGAAGUUCUCGCAACAGCACGUCCGCCUCGCCCUCUUCAAAUUCUAAUUACGACAGCCUGCAAGGUUUCUACCGCCCUGAUGCCCCCGAAGCCAUCAUGCGCCGACUAGCAGACUACUGCUUCAUGCUUCGAGACUGGAAACUUGCACUCUCAACUUACGACAUCCUACGUACUGAUUUCCAGAACGACAAAGCAUGGCGGCAUUACGCUGGUGCUAACGAGAUGGCUGCUCUGUCUGCGCUCAUGGCACCAACCCCAAUGAGCUCAAAGAACAGAAGCGAGAACGUCGACACCUGGAUCGAAGCUGCUUCCUACUCCUACACCGACCGGCAGCGAUCCGCGGCCCCGUACUACGCCCUCCGCACGCUCGCCCUCUCAACCGAACUCCUGCGCUUACGAGGAUCCAGCGCUGCCGACGAUGCCGCGCGCUGGGGCACUCGCAUUCUCGAAGCAGGGCUCGUAGGCAACAUUGGCCACGCCCUAGUCACAGAACGCAUAUCCGCAUGCUACAGCAUACGCACUGGUAUCGGGACCUACCGUCUCGGCAAUCGGCGGCGCAAAGCGGCGCUCUGGGCGGUCCUGGCUGCGGAGUCGUGGUGGCGGCUGCAGCGCAGCCAGCAGGCGGAGAAGGCUCUGGACAAUGCCCUACGGCUCUACAACACGCGCGCAGAGUCGAGGGACGGCGGAGUUAUCCGGUUGCCGUUUGAGGAUAUGCAGCGUUUCAUCGACGAGCUGAGACAGCAGAUCCUCGGGCUCAGGCUGACGAACAAGGGCUUUGCGGAAGGGCGGGGCGAGGAAGAAGGGGACGAGAAGGACGGCGGGGAGGUCGAGGAAGAGGCUGAGACACUCGACAGGAGCCCGAGGGCGCAUAGGAAGAGUCUGAGUAACCCACUACAAGGAACAGAUGUCGUGCCUAUAAGCCCGGCGCUUGAAAGGGGCGAGAAGAGCGAUCCUUUCGCGGAGGGGUUCGAGUGAGAGGUGGACGAUGUAAUGAUGUCAAGUCCCGAAAUGUAGUCACGCAUGGCGAGGCGUCAUACUGAGCAUAUAAUACACAAUGCUACCGUGCAUGUCGCUUCACAAUCCCACGGGUG